GAAAAAUUAUCUAUCCUCUGAAAAGGAAAGUGACACAGAAAUCAAGGGUAUCAUGGUGUACAUCUCCCUCUAAUUCUCUCUUCAAGAAUCAUUCAAAGGAUCUGCAAACAUCAAUGGCUCAAGAAACAGAAAAUUCUUUGUUAAAUCAACACAAAGAAAAGCAUUUCACUGCUGGAGAAAUUGUCCGUGAUAUAAUCAUCGGUGUUUCAGACGGACUUACUGUACCUUUUGCGCUAGCCGCCGGCCUGUCCGGCGCCAAUGCGUCAUCCGCCAUCAUUCUCACAGCCGGCAUAGCCGAGGUGGCUGCCGGCGCCAUCUCGAUGGGACUUGGAGGGUAUCUUGCUGCAAAAAGUGAGGCAGAACAUUAUAUUAGAGAACUGAAAAGAGAACGGGAUGAGAUUGUUGCUGUGCCUGAUACAGGUAUUCUCAAACUCGAAUUAGCAAAUAUUUUAAGACAAAAAAGGACGUUUAGGAGAAGAAUUAACACCAUGAAGCUCGUAUGUGUAAGAAAGGAUACUCAGGAACCGUGA